GGUUCUUUUUCUACUUCCGGCUUGAGCAUCACCUUGUCAACGCCUGCUGACCUCUCGAAAGACGUUCAUUUUAUUUUUGUACCUGAACUAGGACCAGUUUACAGGAAUGACCCCUGCCACCUCUAAGAGACUCACAACGUUGGAGAGAACUCCCCUAAGCAGCCAAGAAGGUAUCAAAGAGAGCCCACCCACUCCUCUGCUGGGCGAGGCUUGAUGGUUCCCACCUGUGAAGAUGGUUUCAUGGAGGAGGUUCUGUUGGCACUAUCAUGGGUGGACCCUGGGCUGCUACAUGCUGCUGGCUAUCAUUGCCCUGAAACUGUCCCUCAGAUUGAAGUGUGAUUUCGAUGUCAUGGAUCUGGACUCAAAGGAAUUUCAAAGCCAGUACUGCAGGGACCUCCUGUACAAGACCCUGGAGCUGCCAGCAAAGAGUUCCAUCAACUGUUCAGGGGUCAUCCGAGGGGAACAGAAAGCGGUGACCCAGGCUCUGCUGAAUAACCUGGAACUUAAGAGGAAGCGGCAGUCCUUCACAGAGGCUGACUACCUUAGCAUGACGGCAGACUGUGAGCACUUCAAGACCCAGAGGAAGUUUAUACAGGUCCCACUGAGCAAAGAAGAGGCCAACUUCCCCAUUGCGUACUCCAUGGUGAUUCAUGAGAAGAUUGAGAACUUUGAAAGGCUGCUGCGAGCUGUGUACACCCCUCAGAACAUAUACUGUGUCCAUGUGGACCAGAAGUCUUCAGAAACUUUUCAGCAGGCAGUCAGGGCCAUUGUGUCAUGCUUCCCCAAUGUCUUCAUAGCUAAUAAGCUGGUGUCAGUGGUCUAUGCCUCCUGGUCCAGAGUGCAGGCUGAUCUGAACUGCAUGGAAGACUUGCUCCAGAGCCCCGUGCCGUGGGAGUACCUCCUGAACACCUGUGGGACAGACUUCCCCAUCAAAACCAAUGCCGAGAUGGUCAAGGCCCUCAAGCUACUGAAUGGGCAGAACAGCAUGGAGUCAGAGGUACCACCUCCACAUAAAACGUUCCGUUGGAAAUACCACUAUGAGGUGGCCGACACACUAUACAGAACCAGCAAGGAGAAGACCCCGCCCCCUAACAACAUAACCAUGUUCACUGGCAAUGCCUACAUGGUGGCUUCUCGAGACUUCAUUGAACAUGUAUUAAGUAACUCAAAAGCCCGGCAACUGAUCGAAUGGGUAAAAGACACUUACAGUCCUGAUGAGCACCUUUGGGCCACCCUCCAGCGUGCCUCAUGGAUGCCUGGAUCAGAUCCCUUGCACCCCAAAUUUGACCUAUCAGACAUGAGAUCCAUUGCAAGACUAACCAAGUGGCAGGACCAUGAGGGAGACAUUGAGAAUGGGGCGCCUUAUACGUCUUGCUCAGGAAUCCACCAGCGGGCUAUCUGUGUUUACGGGUCAGGGGACCUGCACUGGAUACUUCAGAACCAUCACCUCUUGGCCAACAAGUUUGAUCCAAAGGUGGAUGACAAUGUUCUUCAGUGUCUAGAAGAAUAUUUACGUCACAAAGCCAUCUAUGGGACCGAGUUAUGAGACUCACUGCAAGAUGAUUGUUACCUGUGUGGCAGGAAAAUGCCAGGACCUACUGGGGCAAUGUGGGGUAGGCAGCUGGGGCUCAAGACUCCAUGUGUCCCUCAGGAUGAGGGGCUGCAAUUGGACAGUGGGUAAGUAGACCUCUGCCCCUUGUGAGCUGUUGCUGGUGAAUGUGGCCGUUCUCCAGUUCUUUCCCCAACAGGCUUUCUUUAGCUUCCUCACAGAGCUAGAAAAAGAAAUACUGUUACUUGGGAAAGUGACGGAGGGGACAUGUGGCCAGGGACUCUGGAUUCUGGCUGAAGGCUUCCUGUCAGGUUCUCUACAGAGACUUUGUUUCAAAUUCCCCUGGCUUAGUCUUGGGAGGGGAACUUUAGUGCAAAGAACCCUCCUCUUUUGUAUUGUUAAUUUAAAAUAAAUAGCUUCUAAACCAAA